GGAUUUUUUGAUUCCACUGCCUCUGCACCUCGCAGUAGCGCAGCAUCAGCGUCCUGCAAUAGCGCGUCAGCUGCAGCCAACGGCUCUGAGCAUGGUGCUGCGACGAAUGGUAAGGAUCACGAUAUCGACUCGUUGUUUGUGUCACCCGCUGGUGUGAUUGCAGCUGGUGCUGCAGUCACAGCUAGAAUGGACGCACGAAGCGUAGGAGCAUCGUUCCUCUUUCCAACAGAGGUCUCGCAAGCAAAGGAAAGAACACGUUUGGACGGGGGGCUAGAAUUGGCCGCAGAAUCACAUGAUGAGUAUCAUGAUGCCGAAGACGAUGUUGAUAUGCAAACUCAUGAAGCGGGUGUAGGAGCACAGUCCAAUACAUUUCGGCCGCCCGACCGUAAGCAGCCAACCGAAGCCUCGUCAUCAGAAAUCCUAUCUGCGGACACGAAAGGAAUGCCGCGCGCAGUCGGCCCGGAAGGCGAAGCAGGUUCAGAGGGUGGCACUCAUGACGAAAAGUGUUCGGCAGCGUCCACUGCAAUCAAUUCUGACAUUGCUAGCACAAACAUGACGAUUAGCAGUGAAUGCACUAAUAAUUCUGGCGCUACUUUAAGUAUUGACACUGCCUCUGGGUCGUUGACAGCAGCGAUCAGACAUGAAGAUGUGGAAAUGUCUUCGACGGGAGUAGGGCUUUCAAGUAGUAGCAAUAGUCGUUCAAGAACAACAGGUGGCGCAGGAGCGGGCGAUCCUAACGAGCACGAACUUGCAGCUGCAUCCGUCUUAUCGGGUGGAGCGCCUAGUAGAGCUAUUCGCGGGCAAGGCGCGGGGAAGAGCGCAUCCGGCGAGCAUUUUCCCCGCCCGAUCCGUAAGGGAGCCACGAAAAUGCAGGUCCGCAACGAGUCAAAUCUGCGCUCCGAUACGCUGCAACAGCGGGCUGCAGCGAUGAAUGGACAUUAUGGCAACGUAACAGCAGGAGACACCAGACGAAACUCAGCAAACGAUCCGUGCCAAAGUCGGAAUGAGAAGGGAAAGAAAUCCCGAGGUUUCCAAUUUUGGGGUAGUCCGAGUUUUGGCGGAUCGUCGUCAAGCAUGUCAGCUGGCUUUUCUGCUGGGAAACGCAUGCGAUACGCAAAAGCAGUCGAAAACCAAGAUCCUACGACAUUGCGCGCGCUAACACGAAGAAGAAGAGAAGUCGCGAAGCAAUUGCGGUAGUGUCAUAAAAUAUUGAAUCCUUAAAACCAUGACAGAUGGUGUUCAACGCCACGCAGGUGCCUCCCGUGUCCUAAAUAUCUCUGAAGCCUACACAACAAUGAAAUAUUAGUACAUGCCCAGAAAGCGGGCCCAUCAAGGGCCCGCUGCACGGGGCAUAGGUUAGCAACUAGACAGAUAAGACCUAAAAACGAGCUUGCCAGCUUAGCCAGAGCCACAGUGCUAGCUUCGCCACAGUCAGCGCGCUAGCUUAGCCAUAGCGGUAGCGGUAGCCAGCUUACUAGCCUAGCCACAGCGACAGCCAGCACGCCAGUCAUUCUAGCCCUGGACAGCGGACUUAGCGACUUUGUUCGUUUGUAGGUCUUAUCUGUCUAGUUGCUAACCUAUGCCCAGUGCAGCGGGCCCAUCUGGGCCCGCGUUCUGGGCAUGUAUUAAUAUGUUUUAUAUAUAAAUAUGUAUAUUUAUAUAAUCGCUGAGCAUGAGCGUCUAUAACAUCUCCGAACAUCAGGUGUCUCCCGGUUGCGCUACUCGCCACGCAGUAUUUUGUAGAGCUUUGGCUACGUGGGCAAGUCGUGGAGGCGCUUGAAUUUUUACAAACAGAUGUUGCACAGCUCCGCACUGUUUUUGCUUCUCGAUCAUCGGCAUCAACAGGCCCAUCGUCAUCGAAGUUCGAAUCCGGACGAAAAGGAGGACAACAGGAGGAGCACAAGCUCGUAGCACUAUCCUGUUUGGAUGAAGCCUGUGCUUUACUUGCAUACCGAACAAUGGACUUGAUGUCACCGCGUGUCCGCUCCUUGCUAGAUCCAAGCCGGAGAGCGCUUACUGCUGAUCUUGUGAACGCGAGGUGUGUGGAAAUUCUCUUGUGCGCACUACCAGACUCACUUAAUUGUAGUCUGACAACGAAGGCGCUCACGGGAGGGUCGCCUACCAGAGUUGAUGCGGUAGCGUUGCUGGACAAUCGACAUCUUAGCCUAGCGGACGCUUUCGAAACAUUCGUCAAUCAGGCGCCAUCACAUUUGGAAAAUGGCGCAUCUUCUAAUGGAAUUACGAACAGCGCAAGUGGCGGGCUUGCAGGGGGCGGAGCUGCACACAGGAAUAUUGUCCAAAGUACGGAUGCAUCUUCUGCUGCCCAGUUAGAAAACGGGGAGGCAGCGGCUGAACACGCGGCAACGGCGACACCGCAAACCAACAGUUCGUCCGGAGGCAUGUUGUCGCCAGCAGGCGCGAAAAGCUUUCUUCAGAAGGUAGUGGGGAGAGGGAGUGCAGUUCUCGGAGUCUUUGAUCCCCGUACCUCGAUGAGUGGAACGGCACGACAAGGCGGAACAAGUCGUGGAGAUACGAAAGGCGCUGGCCCAUCGGCUUCUAACGGAACAGGACAAGGUGGAGACGUGGCUUUGUCAUCCUCGCAGGCUGUGAUUCUUGCCGACGUCGACGUAGACUGUAUACCUGUCAGCCAUAUGGUGCCACUCUACUGGACUCCCUUGCAUGUGCUGCUGCGACAUCUUUACGCUGCGCGGAAGGCAGCGAAACCAGAUGCGAAUAGCGGGCCCUUCCCCUGCAUCCGCACGCUCUGUCUCGGAGGUUAGCACCCGCCCCUAGUCUUCCCCAAGCUCUCAGGUCCUAACCCUUGUCUAACCAUAUGAUACCAUAUCCCAAAAUAUAAUGACAAUGAAAUUAUUAUUAUUUUUAGAACAGCCCGAUGCCUAAUGUCCUCGAGCUUAUUUGUGUACAUGAUAACGACCAGCAUACACGGUACCCCAUCCCAUUGUGGUUGUAUUUACAUGUUGUACUCGUAUGUUUUAACGGAAAUCAUUCGGGAGUCUUCGUCGCUAUGUAUUUUUUGAUCAAGAAAGCGUCUGCGCCUUGUUUUGAAAUGUAUCAUCGAGUGCCAUCACUCAGUCUAUUAUGUUGUAGCUCUACAGUUCUUGUGGAUAUUUUUUGACAAACGGAUCAUAAUUUGCGCUCUCGUCUGUGUAGCGGGUUUUCCUCCAGUCCCCCUCAUCUGAAUAUGCUUUGGAGAAUACAGAAAACAAGGCGAAGGCCGUUAUACACAGUUGCUUCUGGGACUCAGGAUUUCUUAGAAUUUUUGAAACUCGGCAAAACAUUGCAUGUCAAUGUAUCUAUAGGACUGGC